GCAGUCGAUGCAUGGGGACUGUUGACAUCCUAAUAAACAAUGCAGGUAUUACUAGGGAUGGGUUGUUGAUGCGAAUGAAGACACCUCAAUGGCAGGAGGUUAUUGAUCUGAAUCUCACGGGUGUAUACCUGUGUAUACAGGCAGCAGCAAAAAUAAUGAUGAAGAAGAGAAAGGGAAGGAUAAUCAAUAUAGCAUCAGUUGUUGGCCUUGUUGGCAAUGUUGGGCAAGCCAAUUACAGUGCUGCAAAAGCAGGUGUAAUUGGCCUGACAAAAACUGUGGCCAAGGAAUAUUCAAGCAGGAAUAUUAAUGUCAAUGCUGUAGCCCCAGGGUUCAUUGCAUCUGAUAUGACUGCUAAGCUUGGAGAAGACAUUGAGAAAAAGAUUUUGGAGACCAUCCCCUUGGGAAGGUAUGGUCAACCAGAAGAAGUUGCUGGACUCGUCAAAUUUUUGGCCCUUAACCCUGCAGCCAGUUACAUCACUGGACAGGUUUUGACCAUUGAUGGAGGAAUGGUGAUGUAA